AUGAUGUUGCUUGCGAGUACACUAGGUACAUCAUGGGGUAAUUUAACAAGCCAUUAUGACACCACGGAUGCAAUUACAACCGUGUCGUUGAGUGAUGGCACGGAUGUAGGCAAACGGGGUCAACGUAAUUUUUACGACGGUCGUGUGACGGGUAGUCCCGUGAAGAACACACUGUUCGAUGACAUGCGCAGAAAAUUAAAAUCCAAUGCCAAAGUAAAGGAGCCACGACCUGUAAAGAAGAAGCCACAGAGUCGAACAGCACAGAACAAGCUCAAGCAACUGUGUCAGAAAUUGAAACAGUGUAAAAUGGGAAGAAAGGCAUGGUUGGCGCUUAUAUUAGUACUCUCAGUUAUUUACCCAUUCCUUAUGUCCCUUUUAUCAGCGAUGGUGUCGUGGAGUGAGUAUACAAUAGCACAAAUUUUUGCGUUUUCCCCGGGCACGUCUGGAGCUUUCAUACUGAUUGCAAUUAUAUAUUUGUGCGUGUUACUAUGUUUCUGGUGCUCGAAGAAGGGAAAAUGUAUAGUAAACAGAAUUUGCAAGGACGAAACUCGCACAGAAACGAAAAACAACGAAGGAGAAGUAAAUAAGAAACAGGAAGCACUUAAAGAGCCAGGAACAUUUCAGAAACAGGAAGGACCUACGAAGAAGGAAGCACCGGGCACAGCAGGAGAAUCCGAAAAACUGGAAGCACCUAAGAAAACAGAAGUACCAAAGACACCGGACGCACCCAAAGAAGCGGAAGCACCUAAGAAAACAGAACUACCUGAGAAGCAGGGAGCAUCUGCAAAAUUAGAUGCACCUAAGAAACAGGAAGCACCUAAGAAACCUGAAUCACCUAAGAAACAGGAAACACCUAAGAAACCGGAAACACCUAAGAAACAGGAAGCAGCUGAGAAGCAAAAAGCACCGGGGAAGCUGAAACUACCGUGGUCACUGAAAUUACCUAAAAAACCAUAA